CCGCUCUCCUUCGGCCGCAUCAGGUGCAGAGCUCGAAAAAGCUCGGGUCCGCACAGUGUUGCUCGCAGCCCUAGUUUUAAUGCUAUUUUCAUUUUGUAUCUUUAUAAAUAAUAUAUUUUUCAAACUGGACUGCUUAUGCUCUGUCUGGACACGUCUCUUAACCUUUUAGAGUACGUCACGUGUCGCAAGCCUUGAUGGGAGAUGUAGUAUUGAGCUAAAAUAUGCUUCGCUAUUCAAUGCGAACGUGCUACGUGGUGUAAACUACAGUACCCAGAAAGCACCUGUUACCAUACAGCGUUGACGUGUAUUUUGCUGCUGGUCUGAGGAAUUCUCCUCCAGCUGUUGAAGCUUCGCGUAAUUUAAAUCGAAUUGACACAACUGAUACCGACAUAUUGUGACGUUUCAGCGGCGCGAGGCUUCGCUACAGUGGGAGACAAUGUCCGGAGAAGUUUCUAUGAUCGGCUCCGUUAUCCUGGCCCUGUUCCUGGCAGGGUACCUGGGCCAGCAGUACCUUCCUCCUCCCAAACCCAGAGUCAUCGGCCUGGACCUGGGCACCACCUUCUGCUCGGUGGGCGUCUUCCACCCGGGCAGCGGGGAGGUGGAGGUGCUGGCUGAUGAAGAGGGGAGGAAGAGCAUCCCUUCCGCCGUCUCCUUCACCACCACUGCGGUGCUGGCCGGACACGAUGCCGUAGACCUGGCCAGCACCAACCCACAGAACACCGUGUACGACGCCAAGAGGUUCAUCGGGAAGUUGUUUGACCCGGAGCUGUUGGAGCAGGAGAGCGCUCGCUACCCUUUUAAGGUGAUCAACAACAAUGGAAGUGCAGAGUUUCUGAUCUCCACCAAUCAAACCUUCACCGUGAGCCCAGAGUUUAUCGGCUCCAGGCUGCUGCUGAAGAUGAGAAAGAUGGCUGAGAAGCAGCUGGGUGUGCCCAUCCAGAAAGCCGUCAUCUCUGUGCCCGCAGAGUUUGAUGAAAGACAGAGGAACUACACCGUCAAGGCCGCCAACCUCGCCGGCUUGGAGGUCCUGCGAGUGAUCAACGAGCCCACGGCUGCUGCCAUGGCUUACGGCCUGCACAAGGUGGACGUCUCUAACGUGCUGGUGGUCGAUCUCGGGGGAGGAACACUGGAUGUGUCUCUGCUUAACAAACAGGGAGGCAUGUUCUUCACCAGAGCCAUGGCAGGAAACAGCAAGCUGGGAGGUCAAGACUUCAGCCAGAGGCUGCUCCAGUACACCACAGAGCGAGUUCGGCAAGAGUUUGGCGUCCCACCCACUCUCAAAGAGGACAUUCACCGUCUCCGACAGUCUGUGGAGGCUGCAAAGCUCAACCUCACCCUCCAGCCUAGUGUCACCAUCUCAGUGCAACUGCUCCUUCAAACCCAUGGCAGCUCGGGGUCUCCCAAAGGUUCCGUUCCUACUCCGGUUCUCUUCCAGGCCGUGAUCCAUCGUGAGCUGUUUGAGGAGCUCAACGAAGACCUUUUCAAGAAGAUCCUGGCUCCUGUUGAGACGGUGUUGGCUGAAGGCCGCCUGGAGAAAGAGGAGGUAGAUGAGAUCGUUCUGGUCGGAGGCUCCACAAGGAUCCCGCGGAUCAGGAGGCUGAUCGCUGAGUACUUUGGGAAGGAGCCCAACACAUCUGUCGACCCUGACCUGGCUGUGGUAACGGGUGUGGCCCUUCAGGCGGGCAUCAUGGGCGGUUCCUGGCCACUGCAAGUCAGCGCUAUCGAAAUCCCCAACAGAAACCUGCGCAAGACAAACUUCACCUAAGCUUCACAAAGAAAAAGGUGAUGAAGCAGACUGGCCACAGAUUCCUUGCUGUGUCAGAAGUCUCUAAUGUGCUUAAUGUAAUUAUUGCUUAUCACACGCAAGACAUUUUGGUUUUCAACUUGUCUCUUGCUUCCUUGUUCGUGAGAGAUUUCGUUAACAGAAGGAAAACAAAUGCAGAUUGUGUUUUGAAACAUGUCGACAUGUCUAUUUGACGUGUAGUGAUUGAUAUCAUCUGCAGAAGUCAACAUUCCUCUCCGCAAUUUCACAGUGACGGCUGCUUUUGUUGUGUGUAACACAGCGAGACCUUGAAAUGUGAAAGAGAUGUUUCUCUGUCGUGUGUCUACUGAUCCGUUCAGCUACACCCGUGAUGCUGAGUUAUGGUAGAUACUUAGAUGCUGUUUGAUUCAGGGAACCACCACUGGUUUAAAGAAUGUAAAGAUGAACCAGUGCAUCAUCAUCAGCUAUUUAUUUAUUUAUUUCAUUAACAGUAUGGCUGUUGUGAGUGUGCGUAUGUAUGAGUGAAGGUGUUUCACAGGCCUUAAAUCCCUUUUCACAUCUUCUCAUUGAAGGCGGAUGUACAGUGUGUUUGUGCCUUUUCAGAAAGCUGCUAUACUCUGAACCCAACAGCCGUGAGUUGGUGGUUCAGACAGAGGCCCUUUUCCAGGUCCCUGAUAUGAUCCCAUGUCCACUGGAAGUCAUGCAAAUACGUAGACAUGUUAUUUAAUACAGAUUCACCGUAAUACUGAUUAGACUGCUCACCUGAUAACUAAUGAACCCUGGUCAUGUGCAGAGACUGCAGCAAACAGUUGAGACUGCUGAAAUCAUUUGCACCAUGAGUAAAUUUACUUUUAGUGCUACACUUUUCAGUACAACACUGUAUUAUGUUCAUAAUGAAGAAAGAUGCUUACGAGAAGAAAAUUGUAAUAUUACAAGAAUAAAGUUGUAAUAUGUGAAUAAUACUUAUGAUGUGGUGCUAUUGAGCAGGAAGAAUUUUCUUAUAUGUGAAACCUUAACUAAGGGUUAACUUGAAAAUAAAACAAUUACUUUAUUUUUGUAACACAGUAUUAUGACUUUGUUCAUGUUAUAUUAUGAUAUAUUUUACCCUGUCUUAUAUCAGGAAUUGCCUGGGCAUUAUGCUCCUCUGUGAUUUGCUUUAUUUAAAGUGAAUUGACUUGCACAACACUGCACGUGAGUGUUUGGAAGCCCAGGUUGUGUGCUGCUGUAGGAAAAGAAGCUAGACUCUCCCACAGAAGGACCAAAGCAUUGCUAACUGCUGCCUCACAUAUUUUAUACUGAGAAACAUGUUACUGUCACAUAUAGGAUGUUUGAUCAGUGCCUGAAAUCUGAUGAAUCUGUUUAUUAUUGUAGCAUGAAGACUGUUCACCUGCAUUGACUCUGGUGGACGUUAAGCUGGUUAUUGAUCCAUCAUGGAGGCUAAAUUCCAUUUCUGUUCCAAAACUAUGUAUCUAAAACUAUUAAGCUGAAACAAUAUGAGUCUGCACAUUUUGCUUUCGAUACUGUAGAGAUACUGUUUCAGUCUCUGGAAAUAAAGACCAACAAAAUAAAGUUAUAUUUGUAUUGCAA